AUGAAUAUAGAAGAGCAACUCAUCAUACUGAAUAAAGAAUGUCAAAGAAACGUACCUGAAGAAAAAGACUGCUCAAUCUCGGACAGUGGAGCUUCAGAAUCUUCAAGGAGUAGCAUAACAAAUUGGGACACGACAAAUCAACCUCCCUCAAGUUAUAAGAAAGAGAGAGAGGUGGAUGCAUCCCGAAUAAGGAGGAACAAUCACUUUCUUGAUAUUCGAGCACCCGACACAGUUCAAGUUCUGAAGCAGCCGAUUGGCUCCAGAAAUUGUGGUCCAAUCCAAGUCGUGCAUGUUGAUACAGCCAUUCAAGCUGAUGCGGCUCAAACGAGCACAGCAGGCUACCAAUUCUUCUAUUGCCGUCUGACAAAGAGAGUCGCUGCAAAUGAACCAAAAAGGUGUAUGACAGAUCAAGAUAGGUCAAGCUCUGAAGAGAGCUCAGAGACGAAAUUUACUUACCUGCAGAAAGAUGCAUCAAGGGAUGUAAGAAGAGGGCAACCAAUAAAAGCCUCAGAUAAUACACCGCAUCCUUUCAAUUCAAGUGACACCAUCUCGGUGCUUUUAAGAUGA